GCCGCGUUCGUAACGACCAAUAGCGAUUUCGCAUGAGGUACAUCCUAUGGAAAUCAGGGAGAUGCUCCACCAAUCGGAUGCCUCUACUGUGACUACCGCUGUCACCGCAACCAAUCACCUGUCAGGAAACCCACCUCGGGGCUCAACAGCUUGUUGUUCGUGUAUCUCUUUGCAGCCCGAGCAAGAGAGGAAGCCGUCGCGGUCGCGAAUAGAUCCCAAGUAUUUCGAGCUGGACUCCUUUAAAUAGCAGGAGAGAUGAAGGCAGCAGACGAGCCUGCCUACCUGACAGUGGGGACGGAUGUCAGUGCCAAGUAUCGAGGAGCCUUCUGUGAAGCCAAGAUCAAGACUGUUAAACGCAUGGUGAAGGUCAAGGUGACUCUGAAAGGUGAUAGUACAUCCCAAGUGGUGCAGGAUGACCAGGUCAAAGGGCCCCUCAGGGUGGGCUCAACUGUGGAAGUGAAGACCAACGAGGGCUUGUGUAGUGAGGCCGUCAUCGGCAAGCUGACAGAUGCCAGCCUCUACACCGUGGUGUUUGAUGACGGAGAUGAGAAGACUCUUCGUCGAACAUCGCUGUGUCUGAAGGGGGAGAGACAUUUUGCGGAGAGUGAGACGCUGGACCAGCUGCCACUGACAAACCCGGAGCAUUUUGGCACUCCAGUCAUUGGCAAAAAGUCGAACAGAGGAGGCCGGCGCUCUUCCCAAGCCGUAGCUGAUGAAGAAAACGACACGUCUUCCAGCGAGGAUGAGGAGUUCGACCGGAGGAGACUGAACGACGAGCUGCUGGGAAAAAUCUGCAGCAUAGAGAACGUGGAGGAUUCCUGCAGCUGGUUUCUGGCUCUGGUGGUGUCUCCUAGUUGUAACGACGAGCUGAUGGUAAAGAAGGAUCAGUGUCUGGUCAGGUCAUUCUGCGAUGGCAAGUUUUGCAUCGUGGCAAGGAGACACGUGCACCCUGUCAACUCCAUGAGCAUCAUUAAGUCUGAGUUCUUCAGCAGAAAGGGUCUUGAAGAAGCACAGAUAUUCCUCAAAACUAGAGAGGUUCCAGAUGCAUGGAAGAUGGAUAUGAGUCAGAUCCUGGACUCGUCAUCCGGUGAAGAUGAGGUAGAUGAAAAGGAAAGUGACGAAGAGGAGGAGGAAGAUGCCGAAGCUGAAAAGAAGAAGAAACACAUAAAAGAAGAGCCGGAGGAGGAGGCAGACCCCGAGGAGAGGGACCACUUCCUGCAGCAGCUCUAUAAAUUCAUGGAGGACAGAGGGACUCCCAUCAACAAGCCUCCAGUUUUGGGUUACAAAGAUCUGAACCUGUUCAAGCUCUUCAGGCUUGUGUAUCACCUCGGAGGCUGCCACAAGAUUGAGUCCGGCACAGUGUGGAAACAGGUGUACAUCGAUCUGGGGAUUCCAGUCCUCAAUUCUGCUGCAUCCUACAAUGUCAAGACGGCCUACAGGAAGUACCUGUACGGCUUUGAGGAGUACUGCCGCUCCGCCUCCAUCACGUUCAGAACCAUCCAUCACAACAAUCCUCACCCCCACGCCCCGUUGGCCAAUCCAAAGAAAGCUAAAGCGGAGCCGAAAGAGGCCUCCGCACCUCAGGUGAAAGUGGAGCCUGUGGAUGACAAGAGGGAGGAGGCGGAGACGGGGAGUGAGAGCGAGAAGGAGAUGAAGGACAGACAGUCAUCCCCACGGGGGAGGAGGAGGUGUGUCGGCAGUAGAAUGAAGCUCCCCUCCAGGCCGGAGAAUGUAGGACUAUCGCCAGCCGCCGGGGGAGAGAACAGCGAGGAGAAGCCGCGGGAGGCGAGGAGACGCAGCAACAGAAGAAUGGAUGACUCAGAGAAGGGCUCUGAUGACGAAGAGGAGGAUGACGACGAGGAGGAGGAGGAGGAGGAGGAGGAUGACGAUGACGACGAUGAUGAUGAUGAGGAGGAAGAAGAAGAAGAAGAAGAAGAAGGGGGAGAUGAGUUGAGGAAGGAGGACAGGAGCGAGGAUGGGGAGGACGGAGAUUCUGUGACUGGCACCAAAGUCAAGGUGAAGUACGGCAAAGGAAAGACGCAGAAGAUCUACGAGGCUCACAUCAAGAAAACGGACAUGGACAACGGAGAACAGUUCUACCUAGUUCACUACUACGGCUGGAACGUCAGGUACGAUGAGUGGGUGAAGGCUGACCGCAUCAUUUGGCCGCCAGAAAAAGGAACAAAGAAGAGGCAGAGGAAGAAGGUAAAGAACAGAGACACGGACGAACCAGAGAAAGAUGAGGAAAAGCCUGCCUCAUUGGCGGCGGUGAAGGCCAAGCGCGGCCGUCCACAGAUCCGGACCAGCUCCAUGGGACGCAGUGGAUCCAAAGCCCCCAGCAGCGAGGGACAAUCCAACGGCAAAAGCAGCCGGAUGGACUCCAUCUCCAACUUGACCAAUGGAGAUGACACCCCUCGCAGGAGGACGAGGCGGACAUCGGCCAUGUACGACUCCGACCGGGCAUCCAACGAGGACUCUGGGAACUCCUCGGAUGGCAGCGAAUCAGAGGACAAGGCUGAUGCAAAGCCGUUACCAUGGCGAGGGAGAACCGAUGGUCCGCCCUGCAAGCCAGAGGAAGAGCUGGAGGAGGAGGAGGAGGAAGAGCUGGAAGAGGAAGACACCAGUGAGAUUUCUGACGUCGCCGCACCUGCUAGCGACAACAGUUCGGUAGCCACGGCGAAAGCUCCGCCCGCUCCCACCGUCACGCCCUGUCCCAGCAUUUCUCAGGAGACAGCCGAUGAAGCCCUCGACCAAUCAGAAAGAAGGGAAUCGAAGCAGAGGGAGGAGCCCGAACUAGAAGCCGAAGUGGCACCGACCCCCCCGGAGAAAGAGAAAAAGGCGUGUGUCCUGAGGACGGAUAAGCUGUCCCCGGGGCAGGAGGGGCUCCGUGAAGCGUCCCCCAGCAGGACGCCGCCGCCCGCCUCCUCAUCCCCCGCCGCCCACGACCCAGGCCAUUCCACCCCCGUGUCCUCGCCCAGGGUCAAAGACGUGCUGUCCCCCCCCCGCGGUGUCCUCAAGAGGCAGGAGGAGCCCAUGGUGGUGCUGCACUGCCUCCCCGCGCCGCACGCCGCCCCCAAGACGCCCCCCGCCACCUCCGACACGGACUCCGCCACGGAGGAGGAGGGCGGCGAGGAGGAGCGGGGCGGCGCCGUGAUGAAACGCAAGGCGGCAGAGCAGCGGACGGUGGAAAAGAAGCUCUGCCCCGACAGGAGGCCGGAGGAGGCCUCCCCCGCCAAACCCCCCCCCCCCCGCCCGGCCCCCCCCCAACCCCCCCCCCCCCCCCCCUGCCCCCCCGGGAGCAGCGAGGGCCAAACCAAGGCCCAGGACUGCCCCCGUCUCGUGGGGGAGAAGCCGGAGGAACACGCGUCGGAAGCCAAGCAGGAGUCGGAGGUGACCGUGGGGGCGCCCCCCCUCCUGACCGAGGGCCCCGGUCCCAACGAGGAGCUGGAGCCGCAGAUCGGCCCCGAGGCGCUGGUCUGCCACGAGGUGGACCUGGACGACCCCGACGAGAGGGAGAAACCCGCCCCCUCCCCGGAGCACCUCCUGCUGAUGAUGCGGGAACCACAGAUAGCCCCUCCCCCCCUGCCGCUGGCCGUCCAUUCCCCGCCCCCCCCGCACCAGACCGCCCACCUCCCGCAGCCUCAGAUCAGGCCCUACCUGAUAGCGGCCCCCUGCUCCGAGGAGCUCCACCAGGGCAAGGCGGCCGCCGAGGAGGAGCGGGGUGCGGGCGGGGGGGGGCAGGAGGGGGGCUGCAGCCCCGGGUUCGAGGGCAGCGCCUCCUCCUCCUCCACCUCCCUGCUGUCGCUGCAGGAGAGCAAAGACCGAGGUCAGAAGCGGGUGAACGACUGCGGCUCCAGCCCCUCCGCCAAGAAACACAAACGCAACCAGAAGCGGCCCCAUCCCUCCGCCAAGCUGGACAAGAACGGAGCAGGUCACAGCAGUGACAGCGAGGACCAGGUUCGCCUCUCUCUGUCCAAAUCGCAGAAGUCUCGGUGCCCCGGGUUUUCGCCUCCGGCGGCCCACAACAAGGACAAACCCAGCUUUCCGUCCCAUCAGCGCUCCUACAAGUGGACCCUCCAGCUGGACGAGCUGGACGGCAUGUCGAGCGCGGAGAGGAUCUCCUUCCUGCAGGAGAAGCUGCAGGAGAUCAGGAAGUACUACAUGAGCCUGAAGUCAGAGGUGGCCUCCAUCGACAGACGCAGGAAGAGGCUAAAAAAGAAGGAGAGAGAAGUGUCCCACACGACGGCGUCCACCUCGUCGGGCUCCUCGGACACGGGGAUGAGUCCGUCCUCGGCCUCGCCCACCCAGAACACUGUGGCCGUGGAGUGCAGGUGAUGACACGCCCACUGGCUGUCCACAGCCACGCCCCCUCCGGGCCCGGACCCCCGCCGCUGUCCGCUCCCAGGGGGGCCGUUUAAGCCGGGACUGACGCAGUGGCUGCUGGGAAAACCCGCCACCCUAACACGUGGCUGCACAAGGCGCCCCCCCCACCACUCUCACAUGUGGACUUUCUUCCUGUUCGAGGAGACAAAUUUGAGGCAAAUCUGCUCACCGUCUGUUGAGCUGGUGCAGAAACCCCCCCCCCCUGUUUUAUUUGAAAACAGAACGAGGAAAAGCGACCUGUUUUCAGUCUUUAUUUUAUAUGAAAUCAAAGAUUUUAUUUUGAUAAAAACUAAAGGAGACUCCCAAAAGUCUAAGACGUGGUGGUGAAGACCCGAAUGAAAUAUUUCUACUUGAACCUUUAAUUUUGAACACAACAGUGAAGUGUGAGCAGAACUUUUCACCCACUGUCUUUUUUUUUUUUAAACCCCCCCCCACCCUCGACGCGGAACAUCAGAGUGCCAAGAGAAUAAAACCUAUGGAGAAUCGGUCCUAACUUCUGCCAUGAAAUCAUCCAUUUUAUGUUGAAAUCGUCAUCUUUGGUGCAGUUUAAACGUGUUCAUUGUCCUUUCCUCAACGCCGAAAUGACUCCCUGACAGUUAGUCUCCGUGGAGAACAAUAAAACCUGUGUUGUUGAAUCUGUCUGGACAUAGGUGACUCAAAUGUGAUUUAUAGCUUAAGUUCUGACUGCUUUGACAAAGUGUGACGUUCUAUCUGCUGUUUUUAACAUGUCACUGUCACCAUAAUGAACUUCUGAUGUUUCCACGCGUCUCCUGUUGCUUUCCUCGGCUGUGGUUCCUUUUCUGCAUCAGCUUCAGUCGUUUUCAGAUCCUCUACAUUUGUUUGUUUUGUACAUAAAAGCUAAGAAAAGAAUAAAAAACCAAACCUGUAUUUGAGAACUGCAUUUUACACACCCGCAUAGAAAGAUUUCUAAUAUUUUCUAAAGAGAAGACUGUUUGUACUGUAGUAUUAUGAACUCUUUGGUUGUUUGUUUCUUUUUCCACGUGAUGUUUUGCCGGCGGUGGUUUGAGAGUGAAAACUGUAACUACAGAAACACACACUUCCUCCUUAGAACAGAGGCCAAUGCUGGAAGUGUGUGCACAACAAGCAGCUCUGUUUCUAAUAAAGUUUUUAACCAUGCCCCCCUCUGUGCAACUGCAUCUCCUUUCAGCACGAGGCUCUGUGUUCCCCCCCCUUAGCCUUUUGGUUCCCGUACAGAGAAAGACAAUCAACAAUUUUUCUUCCUUUUAUUUUCAAAGAUGAAAAUCAAUCCA